AAAGAAGAGCCGAUGGUAAUGGAAUCGUCAGGCACUGAAAGUGAAAAUCUGGCACCUACAGAAUUUUUAUGUACUUCUUCAAUAGAAAGUUCCACUGGAUUAACAGUAGCAGUAGAACGCUGUCCUUUAUGCGACGGUACAAAAAGAAAAUAUUAUUGUAAAUCAUGUGUGAAGCAAGGACUCUUUAUUCACUCAAAAGCCACGGUGUGCCAGAGAUACACUGAAUUACUAUAUAAACUUGAUUUUUUGAAGAUAGAGAGAAAUAAAACCCUUGAAAAAUGUCAGGAAAAAGUAGAACCUAUGCUUCAAACAGAUAUAAGGCUUCAAGAAAUAAAUGAAUGUCAUAGAAAGAUAGACUUGCUAAAAAUUGCUUUACAAACUGCCAAAGAAAUGAUGGUUAAAGAUAGACAGCAGUUAGAAAAUAUGAGAAGAAUCAAUGCAAAUAAAAGUGUCAAAUCAAAAACUCAUAAAGAAAAGAAAAUUCUUAUUCAGAAAUUUAUAAAACAAAAAUAUCAGGAAAUUAGUGAUAAGAAUGAGAAUAUUAAGUUCCAAAUAGAUACAUUGGCAGACAUUCGACUGUUUCAUAUAGGUGUUUUACAGAAAUAUAUUUUUUCUGUUGAAGAAGUUACCCUACCAAGUGCUUUGGAAGCCAACAUGGCAGUUAGUACAGUGAGUGCUAUUAGAGAUGCAAGUCAUAUGACAUACAUUAGUGGGAAAUGGGCAUAUACAAAUAGUCUGGAAGAUGGCAAUUACCGUAUAAUUGUACCAACCUUACCCAGUAGUGGAGAUUAUUCACCUUAUAAUUUAUGGGUUGCUACAAGUAGAGAAAAUGGUGGAAAUCCAGACAACAGUUUACAGAACCCAGGCCACACUAUAAGUGGAGGUUUAUCAUUAACUAGUCAACUCCUGGCUGUUUUAUCUUACAUUCUUGAUGUAAAUUUACCAUGGAAACAAAAUUACAGUGUGUUCUGUGGUGGUGAAAUGACAGAAAAGCAUUUUAAGAAUGAUGUGGCAAGAUUAAACCAGAAUAUUUUGUAUCUGUGUUUUUCACAAGGUGUUCAGGAAUAUCAUCAGUUAGAUACCAAGAAUACCUUACAAAAUCUACUUUACUUAUUACAGUGUCCUACUUUUGGCAGAAGUAUACCAGUAUUAAUAAAUGAAGAACUCUUACAUUCGUUUGAGGAGGUAACUGUUACAGAGGAAUGUAAAUCUUUAGCGAACCAUGACAAUGAUCAGGAUGAAUGGGAACAGGUGAAUGAAGAUCUAGCGGAUAUGGAAAUACCAUCACGUACAUUUUAUAGUAUGACAUCUGAUGUUCCCUCAAUGAUGUACACAGGAAGACAAUCAGAAUCUGCCAUUGGCAUUGUUUCUUCUGCUGCUGCUUCUGUUUUUUCUAUAUUUAAGUCAAAUAAGAGAUAAUAUAUAUUUAUUUUUAAACAAGUCAAAGUCUUUUUGAUUUUGCAAUGGAAAGUGUUAACCAUUUUAGUUGCUGACCUUUCUAAAGUAAGUUCAUGCACCCAGACCUCCUCACCAUUUUAGUUUCUGACCUUUGUCAUUAUACCCAACCCUUUUCAAGUGGUCAGUAUAUAUUAUGGGGGUGUCUGUCUAUCUGUCCUUCCCUGUCUCUUUGUUUCCUGAACCACUGGACAUCCUAUUUCAUUUCUUCAUUCCAAUGAUUAUUUUGGGCUAGCUUUGGCAGUACAUGGACUUUGUCAUAUCCACACAUACAGUACCUUAUUAGUUUGAUAAUACCCCUCUUUGCGAAUAAGAUUUAUUUGGAAAUUAGUAAGUCAAUACUGAAGGUCACAGCAGCUACAAAUACUGUAAAUUCAGAAAUUAUUGCUAUGUUUUUAUUAUUGUGAAAAAUGCGACAGGGUUAUAAUCACAAUAAUUUAAACUCUCAUUUUGACAUUUUUUAUAUGAAUUAAACAGGAUUUUUCUCAAUAUGAUUAUCGCAAAAAUUAAAAUCGCAAUAAUAAAUGCACGCAAUAAUUUCUGAAUUAAUAGUAGACUGAAAAUUGGUGUUUGUGGUGCAACUUUUUCCUAAGAGCUAGACCAUGUUCAUAUUUUCACAUCAAUAUGAAGUUUAGUGUGUAGAUGCAUUAUAAGGCGAUGUGUUGGACCAUGUUCACAUUUUCACAUCAAUAUGAAGUUUAGUGUGUAGAUGCAUUACUUUAAGGCGAUGUGUUGGACCAUGUUCACAGUUUUACAUCAAUAUGAAGUUUAGUGUGUAGAUGUAUUACUAGUACUUUAAGGCGAUGUGGCAUAUACUGUGAAUAUUUUUUUAUUUUUGGGUAUCAAUUUUCUUGACGUCCAGGGAUCACUCUACUCAAAUAAAUAAUCAUCGAACACAGAAAAUUUAAAUCGCAAAAAUGUUUCAUGUUAAUAUAGCUUGAAUUACAAUUCUAUUGGUAUAAAAAGUAUCAAGUAUGAAUAUUUGAAAGGAAAAAAAAGCAUAAUGACCUUGUAAUAAUGCCCUGUUGAUUACAAUAGGCACUGUUUCAAUUUAUUAUGCCUCUCCAACUAUGUUAAAGGGGCAUUAUGUUUUCCAAUUUUCUGUGCAUGCAUCCAUCCAUUUGUCUGUCUGUUUCAUAUUAGGUUAAAGUUAAGGUUUAGGUAUGAAAAAGUUUUGGAUUAAGAUAGUAUGCGAUCAACAUAAAACCAUGUUCAUGAAACUUAGUUCACAUGAUCAUUAUUAAGUGAACUGUGUAAUAUGUAAAUGUCAAAUUAGGGUUUUGACCACGCUUUUGUGGUUCAUGUAAUAGUGUGUAUCAGGUUAAAGUGUUAUUUUAAUGUUGGUUAAAGUUGGAAGUUUAAGUUGGUUGGUUGUUCCAUCAACAUGAUUCUUAGUACAUGUUGGUUAUGAAGUUUUCAAAAAUAAAAGAAGAAUUUGUCUAUGGACACAAAUGCCCCCACUCUAGCUUGCUUUUGAACGAAAAUGGGACGAACCGAAGGACGGUAAAAGGUAACACUUAAUGCCUCCUUCGCCUUGCGGCUGGGGCAUAAAAAAUGAUAUACCAAAUUGGGAUCUUGACCCAGAUUUCACGUUUCACUCAACAUGGAACUGUAACAGUGGGAGCGAGGCAUGGUGUCCUAUGGAUAAAUAUUUUUGUUUAAAUAUAUUAUGGUCUGAAAUUUUAUCCAGUAAAAAGUGCCUGUGGUUCCAACCAUUCAAUUUGAGAUCAUGAUAUAAAAUGGAACAGAUAAACCUGUGACCACUUUAACUGAACUCGACACAAGGCCUAGUAAAACUAGUACUGUGGAUUCAUUAUUAUUCAAUGGAUACCAAUUUCUGUGGAUUUUGUGGGUACAGGUGAACCACGAAAUUAAGUGUUCAAAUUUUCUGUAAGGUUAUAUGCAGAAUUUGGCAAAACCACGAAAUCAAAUAUCCACGAAAAUGCAAGUGUUCCUCAAUCCACGAAAAUUGGUACCCACGAAAAAUAAAUGAAUCCACAGUAUAAGAUAAGGUUAUAUAAGCAUCCAAUAUACUUGUAAAAAUCUCAAGAAAAACACAAAUUUAAUUGAUGUUAAUUUGCAGGCUUUAUUUUUCAUUAGAUCUUGUUGUCUAGACUUAAAUUCAAUCAGAAACCUAUAGAUAUGUCAAUGUGCUUAAGUGACCUGAACUGCUUUUAUACACUGUUAGAAAGUAAGAAAAUCUCAAAAAAUUAUUUUAUGAAAUGUGUUAUCAUGAAAUUCCAUUUGAUUUUAACGUUUAUUUAAGUUUAUCUCUUCUUUGUUAUGCAUUUGAGUUUCAAGCAUCCACAUGCGUCAGCUACUUCAACUUUAAUUGCAUCAAUUUUCCUCUUAAGUGUACUGAUGCUAUCUGGACUAUUUUGAACUGGACAUAAUGCAUACAAGUGAUAUAUCUUGUAAGUUUUCACUCCCCAGACACUUCUUAUUCCUGCUGCUACUCCUGUACAUGCUUUAUCUCCUGUUUCACUGAAAAAGAAUAGAAUACAUGUACGAGUAUGGAUCCAUGAAAAAUAAGUAGCAAAUACUCCAUUUUCUAAGAUAGAGUUCAGCAAUUUGUCUACUAGUAAUUGUUUCAAACAAAUCUCUCAAUUGUCAGUCCUUAUAAUUGACUUUACAAACUUCACAUAUAUAUUUAGUGAAAGCAAGCUCAAAAUAGAAGAACUAGAAAUGCUCACAAGAGAUAUGUGCUACAAGAUGCAUAACUCGAGACUAAAACUGAUAAGUGUGUAAUGGCUGUUGACAAUUAUCACUCAACUUAGAAACUUAACUCUAUUUUAGAUUUUAGCAAGUGUAUAUAUAUUCACGGAGUGUGUACAUAGUUAAAGACUUUUUAUCCACAUUACCCUCAAAAGAGGGGUGUUCCUAACAGAGGAAGCUUAUACGAAGAAAAGAAGUCACCUAAUUAUUGAUUAAUUACAGAUCAAUAUAUUGAUUAAUUACAGAUCAAUAUAGCACUGAUUUUACAAAAGAAAUAGAUACCAUGGCUUGCAUUUUUAAUGUGGAUUUUAAUUUUCCCUAAUCAUUCAUCUUUGAGAGAUAAUUUACAGAAUAAUUUUUGUGUACUGUAGAUCAAAAGUAAUAGUCAAACAAUUAAAUUUGUCAUUAAUAUGUCAAACAUCUAACAUUAUUGAUGUCAAAAACUGUCUGUGUAUUGUUUUGUUUUAUGUGUCUGCUUAAUUGUGUAAGCCAAAUGAAAAGUAAGGUAAAUUGUAUCUUAAGAUUAACAUGAAAAAUGAGAAAUCCAAAA